AUGCCCGGCAUUGUCUGGAGCAAACUGGACCGACUCGCCGCGGACAUCGAGGCGCGACGCAAAUCUUCGCCUUGCCUGGAUCAAGCGUCGGCCUCUGUCGCUGGCUCUUUGGCACUUGACCCCAUCACGCUACAGAACCUUUCUGUUUUGUUGCAGCAGUUGCCUCGUCCUUCAACGACAGUUACAACGCUACCAGACCUGUCCGCGUCCCUCCCAAAGCUCGAGGGCUCCCCAAAGCAAAACGUGAAAGAAUGGCUUGAGGACGUUCGUCACGUCCAGCAACUUGCGUCAUGGGAGGACGCCACCACCCGGCUCAUCGCAGCAAGCAAGUUGAAAGGUACAGCACGAAACUGGCACCUCGCGUUCGGAAGCCAAUACGACACGUGGCCAACUGGGAGAGUCGCCCUCAAAGAGACAUUCAUCACAGAAUGGACCCUUAUCCACUGGCAGGAACGGGCGAUGGACGUGACUCAAGGGAUUGGCGAAUCCCUUCAUCAGUACGCCUUCGCCAAACUAAGGAUCAUCCAACGCUGCCCUGUAACCCUCAGCGAUCCGCAGAAGAUUGACUACCUACUCCAAGGCAUGCGGGACCAACAUAUCGUCGCAGCAUUGGCAGCCAACAGGCCAACAACCGUCCAAGCCUUUCUUGCGACAUGUACGAGCCUGGAUAGGUCCGCCCAGCACGCCAAGUCAAGCCCUUCGACUACUCCUGGCCAACCAAAUUACCAAUCACAUUCGUCUAAGUCGGCUAGAUCCGAAUGUCCAACCCACCCUACUCAGCGCUCUGGCUUCACAUCACCGUCACCCGCAGCCUCACGUCAACGCAUCGCGGACCUGCCCAUCGACCUGCAAGAGGCUAGGUACGAAGCCAUCUCGUCACAAUAUGGAGCUCCAGCGUUUCGUAAUGGCCAAGACUUGUCCCAAGCGGUCUGUUAUAAAUGCAAACACCUCGGUCACCUCGCCUCGAAGUGUACAACAUACACCAAUCAGUCAGCCCAGGCAUCGUCGUCGGCAGCUAGAGCCAUGCCUACAGCGCCAUUACCACCAGCUCUUCAUACCAUGCUAGCAACCCUUGAAGGCUCUCAGCUGCAGUGCCCAUUCUUUUCAGCCACCAUCACUGGAAUUGGAGACUAUGAUGCGUUCCCAGACUCAGGUUCCAAGCUGACUCUCAUAGCAAAGUCGCUUGUUCCAGAACGCAUGCUACAUCCCUGGACUGAGCCUCCACUGGAAGUUGUAAGAGGUACCACCGUACUCCCAGCGGGUGCAGCUUUACUUAAGAUCACCAUUGGCCCAAUCGCGGGAGUCGUCCAGGCCGCGGUUCUGGAACACAACAUCCUCCCCUUCAUCAUUGGUGAAGAUUGGUUUCGAGCCGUACCGGUGCGUCUGAUCUUUGAGCCUCCACAGCCCGUCCGGCUCCAGCAUACGGUCACAGGUCUGUCUAUCAUAGCAGAACAAAAACUAGCACCACGGAUGUCAAACGCCGUAAUUCUCACCCAAUCAAGCCUUAAUUCACAAGUGCAGACCAUGUCACAAGACUGCUUACAGAGAGAGCCCUUGCCGUCGUCGGAGCAGCCAUCCCGGCAAGCCUUCGCCCAAGAAACUCCAUGUUUGCCUUUAAAUAGUCCCAAUGCCGAGCUGCCAGCCCAGAUAGCCGGUACUGUUGUUAAAGUCAUUCACGUUGAUCUUCCGCCAGCCCUCCUUGGAGAUCAGUUAUCUUUCAGUCGAAAUAUUGUCAUUGCCGACAUUUUGACACAGCAGAAUGGAGUCUUUGCCCGUCACGAAGAUGACUUAGGCUAUUUUACAGGCAUGCAACAUCGCAUUGACCUGUUACCAAACGCCUUGCCCUACAGCCGUAGCCCAUACCGAUAUGCUCCCGAAGACAGACGGUUCCUGGAAAAACAGAUAAAGAAACUCCUGGACCAAGGUGUUAUUCUUCCUGCAUCUGGCCCAUGGGCUUUUCCAGCGGUCGUAGUGUCUCGCGGAGAUAAGAAACGUUUGUGUGUUAGCUAUGCACCACUCAAUGAACGCACGAUCACGGUGGUGUACCCCCUGCCUCUUGUGGAUGAUAUCAUCCAUGACAUCGCUGGAUGCGCGUACUUCGAUACCAUGGACUUGAAAAGUGCAUACUGGCAAGUCAGCCUCCGCCCCCAGGACUAUGAAAAGACAACAACUGGACUGUGGCAUGCUUGA